ACCAGAUUAGCUUGGCAGUUUCGAUUUCUCGAUAUUAUUUUGUUUGUCGUUUUAAACAAAAAUGCUUUCAAAAGCAACGCGUAGUGAUAUCUUUAAACUAUUUUAAGCGUGUAUAAUGUAAUCAGCUUUAAACUUAAUCCGUGUAUAAAACCAAAAACAUCAACAAAGCGUCAUAACCUCAAAAUGAGUUCGAUACAAGAAAGACUUCAAUUGAAAAGGAUCCCGUUGGAUACCUGGAACGUAAGGGAACAGCUAUGCCUGGCUUCAGCCGUGGUCAGGAGUGGGGACCAGAACUGGAUGUCUGUGUCCAGAGCGUUAAAAACCGUGGGAGAACCAAAUAGGCCUGCAGAUUGGUACUCUCAAAAAAGUUGCGCGGCCCAAUACGGAGCACUGCUAGAACAUGUGGAGACCCCGAAGCGCAAGAAACGCAGCUCGGAAGGCGCUGUGGAGACACCGCAGGAGAGCAUUCUGAAGAAGCUCACUCAGGAGCGUAUUGCUGAGAUACAGGAGGCGGUGGCCGAGAUGAACCGCCAGUAUGAACAACUCAAGAACGAAAUAAACGAAGUCCGUAACCCGGCGACCUCAGAAGAGCGCGUGCGCGAGCUAUGGACCGCCAUCGAAACAGCCAAGCGGGCACGCGAGAGAGAGACAGCCAAACGCGCCGCCUGGCUGAAAGAGAGGGAGGAGAGACGAGCGCGAGCGGAGAGGACGUGGCGGCCGCCUGCGCAGCCUAAUCAGAGCGCUCCUUCAACACCGCCGCCGCCAUCGUCGCCGCUGCUCACGUCAUUACUGAAGUCUUCCCCUGUGGUCACCACCCCGCAGCACAUACCUCACCCCGCUACCGUCGUCGAAACUAUAUCACCAUCAGCCGGCGCUCCGACUCUAUCUAUGCUCCUGGAAAAGCCAGGCUCUACGAGUCCUCAUGACAAUAAACAUGCCGCUAUAGAGCACAUCAAGAGUCAGCUGGUGCAGAUAGAGCAGCAGCUCAAAGCGAGCACGACCGUGGCCUCCCCCGUCCCGCUGCCCGCGCCGGCCGUUGACAUCGACGAUAUCGAAAUAAAGGCUGAAGACGUGUAUGCUUUUAGAGAUAUCGACCUGCAUAUACCACCCGUCGCCACCAUGCAUAAGGGGCCAGUCAGAGCGGUGGAGAAGCAGCCAUUUAAGAAGGACGAAGAAGAAACACCAAUGGUUACCGAGGACAUCAAAGUGGAGGUUGAGCCUGCACCCAUCGAGGUGCAGCCUAUUGAAGAAGAGAAAGUUCCCGAAGAGGUUCCUGUGGAAGAAAUCACUGUAACCGAAGAGCCGGUACCGGAAGUGCCGCCGCCGGAAGAGCCUGCGCCGCAACCGGAAGAGGUCAAGGUCGCGUUCCCGGAGGUCAAGUUCCCCACGCCGGAGAUCAAGGUCAUACACCCUGAGGUCCAGAAGCCGAAGGAGGAAGUGAAAGAACCAGAAGCGCCGCCGCAGGACGUGGAGCCGGAAGUGGUGGUCGAAGACGUUCCGGAAGUGGUGGAAGAGGUCGCCACUGAGGUCGUUGAGGAAACUAUCUUUCCGCCCGAGCCCUCGCCGCCACCGGAACCGGAAGAGGCCCCGCCCCUCCCGGUCCUACCGCCCCUCCCGCUCCUACCGCCCCUUCCGCCCCUCCCGCCCCUGCCACCCCCACCCCCGGAAGAACCAGUACCGGAACUGGUACCAGAGGUCACUGACCUGGACAGUAUUCCGCUACCAAGCGACCCGCCGCCGGAGGACAAUGUUAUAGUUACCGAGAUGCCACCGGAACAACCCCCUCUACCCCCGCUACCGCCAGAGCCUCAACCGGAAGAGACAAUAGAGAACAUAGCGGAGGAGAUCAAGGUGCAGGAGAUCAAGGAGGAGGUCCAGGAGGACAAGGAGGAUAAGGAGGAGGAUGCUGAGGACUCCAUCCCGCUGAAGGACAUGAUCAAGGACGAACAAGCUGAGGCCGAGGGGCCGAAGGAGGCCGACGGGGAACAACUGGAGCCCCAUGCGGAUACUGAUGAUGACACGCCGAUGGAAGUUAGAAUGUUGAGCCGUGAAGAAGAAAAGGAUGGAAAGAAGAAACGAGAUUAUUCGCGCAAGAAGAAAUCUGAUUCGAGAACUUGCUCCGGCUCCGAGAGCGCGGCGGAGGCGGAGGCGAGCGCGCCGGACUCCCCGCACGCUAACGAUGCGGAACGGCAACACCGAUUGUGGAAACGCUCUGUCAUGUUGGUCUAUAGCAGGCUAUGCGCUCACAAGUACGCGUCACUGUUCCUUCGACCAAUCACGGAUGAGGAGGCGCCAGGGUACAGUGUCGUGAUCAAGAGACCCAUGGACCUCACCAGCAUCAAGAGGAACAUAGAAGCUGGGAAUAUAAGAACGACAGCGGAGUUUCAGCGCGACGUUCUCCUUAUGCUCUCCAACGCGCUUAUGUACAACAGCAGCGAGCACAGCGUCUACCAGAUGGCUAAGGAGCUUCACGAGGAGGCGGUGUCGCAGCUGGGCAUGCUGCUGGCUGCGCAGGCGCACGCCGGGCUGGCGGAGUGCGCGCACACACCGCGCCGCAAGCGCCGCCGCGCCGACGAGCCGCACCACCACAAGCGCCCGCACCACUAACUAAUACAUAUACCACAUGAUUAAAUCUAUCAAUUUUAUCAUUAUGUUAUAAUGUAAAAUAGUGUCCGGACGAAACAUGUUUUUUGCUGACACCGAAACCGAAGGCUCGGCUCUAGUUUCGGCCGAAACCGAAACUUUUGUAGACCUGUUAAAAUCGUGGAAAUAAUAUCAUGAAACCAUAAAAUGUUAUACGCAUAUUUAUUAACAAUGUAUCACCUGAAAAUCAUGAAAGGUUGAAAAAAAUUAAACAAAGUUUACUACAGUUACUAUUUUUUUUUUUAUAAAUUUUUAGCAAGCAUAUUUUUGUAUGCACCUUCAUAGUUAACAUAGGUACUAUGGUAUAGAAUUAUACUUUUAUAUAAAAAAUUCAGUAAAUUUUCAUUUAAAACAAAAACAAACAAAAUACUUACCAUAAUUCCGGGAACAAGCACACAAAGCGUCACCUCCACUUCACCAAAGAUAGAUAUAACUCCGUAAUAGAUGGAUACAGUCUAAGGAAAAAACGUGCCUCGAAAAUCAAGAAAAUUUGAUUCUCGUUCAGAGGGCGCUACUAGCUUUGGCCUACUGUCGUAUAGAUGGCGUUGACAGUUUCGUUUAUUAUUUAACAAUUUUAACGCAUAUCAGUGAAAGAACAUGGGUCAAAAUCAUAAAAAUAAUUAAUGCAAAUAAAAAAAAUCAUUUAUCCAUAUUUAAAUACAUUUUAUGGUAUUUUUAUAAAUCUUCAUUUUUAGUUUUAAAGUGUGUCGACAAAUGGCAGUGAAUUUACUGGGGUUACAAAAUUUACUAUGACAGUACCGCUCUAGUAUAAGUUACUCUAUGACUUCACUGAGCCGGUGGCCAGCGGACUCGGGCGAGCUACGCCAUAUUGCCGGUUGUGCCGAGCGCACCCGAAGUAAGCCGUACGCGACCCGAAGUACGUUUUCGAAAGGUUCGGCCGUUUUUUGGCCAAAACCGAAACUACAGCCGAAACAUGAUUUUUUGGCCGAAACUGACCGAAACCGAAUCUUCGGUCGGACACUACAUUAUUUGCGACUAAAAUCGAUAACGAGCUCUUAAUUGCACCAAACACAAUUAACAGACCAUAAUGAUCGACGGCUAUCAGCAAAUUCAACUGCGACAAGUGCAACUGACUCGGAGUCGAUUACACCAAACAGUUUUAAAUCUUCAAAACGUUCACUAAAUGGUAUUGUAUCGGAUGUUUUAUAGAUCUAACUAUGGACAAUAUGUGUCGUUUUCAAGCAAAAGGUACCACAUUGUCGCUUAUCAUAAGGAUAUUCUGACAGGUUUUUCGUAUAAAGAUACAAGCAAUUUUCGUCCUUAUGGUAAGCGACAAUGUGGUACCUUUUGCUUGAAAACGACACAUAUUGUAUAUUGAUUUAAACUCACGAUUUUUACUAAUUAUUAUUCACAACCACGGUUCACAACGACGGGACUUAAUCGCGUAAAAUAAGUUUUAAAUUUACCUCCGACGUUUCGAGGACGGCGUUGUAAAUAUAAAACUUAUUUUACGCGAUUAAGUCGUCGU